AUGGCCGUCGCGCGCAACAUGCGGCGUACGAGUCCAAUUACGCUGCUGCUAGCUUCGCUGCUGGCCUUCGGUUUCCUCUGCUUUUUAUUCUCCCCGACGCCUUCGACCUCAUCUUCCUCUUCGUCCUCCACAACCACAAAUUCGCGACUAGAAGACACAGCGGAACAUCCUCUCUCCCCUCCAACGAAACCUUUCAUCCCUCAACCCGCUCACGAUGACGGCCGCCAGCCCCCUCCCCCAGUCGUCAAAUACGACCUCAACAGCCUCACCACAACCAGCGACGCAACCGGGAAGGGCGAGCGCGUCCUCAUCCUCACCCCGCUCGCACGCUUCUACCAAGAAUACUGGGACAACGUCGAGAAACUCAGCUACCCACACGAGCUCAUCUCACUUGGGUUCAUAAUCCCGCACACCAAAGAAGGCGACGCCGCCACCUCCGCGCUCGAAAAGGCCAUCAGCAAAACGCAAACGACGGGACCCAUCCCCAACCGCUUCGCAAGCAUCACAAUCCUCCGCCAGGACUUUGACCCGCCGCUCCAAUCGCAGGAUGAAAAGGAGCGCCACAAGAUGUCGAACCAAAAGGCCCGUCGCGAGUCCAUGUCCCGCGCCCGCAACAGCCUCGUCUUCACAACGUUGGGACCAAGCACCUCCUGGGUCCUCUGGCUCGACUCCGACGUCGUCGAAACUCCGCCCACUCUCAUCCAAGACCUGACCUCGCAUAACCGCCCCGUCAUCGUUCCCAAUUGCUACCAGCGGUACUACAACGCCGAGACGAAGAAGCAGGACGUCCGCCCGUACGACUUCAACUCAUGGGUCGACAGCUCCACGGCGCAGAGUCUCGCGAACUCAAUGGGACCCGAUGAGAUCCUGCUCGAGGGGUACGCCGAACUUCCGACAUACCGCAGCUUAAUGGCCUACCAGGCGGACACGAAGAAUCCCAACCCGAAACGUGUGAUUGAUCUCGAUGGCGUCGGCGGGACAGCGUUGAUGGUCAAGGCGGACGUGCAUCGCGACGGGGCCAUGUUCCCCGCAUUUCCAUUCUAUCAUCUCGUUGAGACGGAGGGGUUCGCGAAGAUGGCAAAACGGUUGGGAUAUAGUGUCCAUGGGCUGCCGGAUUAUUUUGUAUACCACUAUAACGAGUGA